CGUGCUUUGCACAUCUGCUUCUGCACAAUAUGAACAAAGAAACAGGAAAAAAACUGAAUAGAUACUUCAUUUCCCAGCAUACCCCGGCGCAGGACAUGCCCGUGAUGUCACAAUAAGUAUAUAUACAGCUACAGGGAAGAAUUUCUACCUCCAUUGUUACAUUGUAACAAACGGGGCCGGGGCGAAGCGGGGAGAAAGGCGUCUUCUCGCUAGAAAACCUGCAAGAUUUUGACACCAAACGAUAAAGAGCAGAGCGCACCGUUAUUGCGAGAAGACGGCGAAGUAAGCCCAGACGACUGAACCCGCCCCGGCGAGAAGAAAAGGAUAAACGAACACAGAUGUCAGCGGAUUUCUCCAUUACACCCAUUUAAAGGCUUACAUCAGGAAGACAAGACACUGAGGGUCUUACAUUAUUCAUGCUGCACCGAAAAAUGUUGGAGAAUAAAGCGCAGCUAACCCUAUGACGCCCCUUCUUCCUAUCGUCUGUCCUUUAAAUAGAUAGGAAUGCAUCAUUUAAAUAAAACCCGCCGGUCUUGCACAGCUCCCGUUUUCUUCGUCAUCUUUCAGUGUGCAGAACAAUGAGCAUGAAGCCUAAGUAGCCUGAAAUAGCCAAAUAUAAGUGUUGCAAAUUGACAAUCACGCAAGCUUUCAUCCAGAUUACUUCGGCUCCACGGUUGCAGUCUGGAUACUCGUUCAGGGAUCUCGGUUUUGGCAUAAAAGAGCGUCUCAUAGGGCGUUGAAAGAUUGAUGUGCAGCUCCUAUUGGAAACAGAAACGACCUACGAGUUGGUUGGAAUAAGGGUCCCUGUUUCUGCCCCAGAUACUUAAGUUUCCAUGGAGGCAGGUUCGUCCCUCAGCCUCAAACGAAGAUAUGAAGAGGUGGACAACAGCUCUCCAUUCUCUACACCUAAGGACUCUGACGAUGACAUCUCCAGCAGUGACAGUGCUGACAGCUGUGAUAGCCUCAACCCUCCCUCUAGCACUGCAUUUACCCCCACCUCUAUCCUCAGGCAGCACAAGCCGUCACCAGGGGGGAAACGUGUACGUUUUGAUUUGGUGACGGUGUAUUACUUCCCCCGGCGGCAGGGCUUCACCAGCGUGCCCAGCCAAGGGGGCAGCUCCCUGGGUAUGGCCCGUCACCACUCCUCCAUCAGACACUACACACUGGGGGAGUUUGCACGCGAACAGGAAACCAGUCACCGGCACACUUUGCAACAGCACCUGCGCCAGGAGAAGCUGAAUGCCCGCAAGAUGAAGCUGACAAGGAACGGCACGGUGGAGUGCGCUCAGGCGGAGCUGCUGACUCUGGACGAUGUGUCGGAUGAGGACGUGGACGGCGUGGAAGUGGACGACUGUUUCUUCCUUCAGCCGCUGCCCACCAAACGGCGUCGAGCCCUCCUGCGAGCCUCCGGCAUCACCCGCAUCGAUGCGCGUGAGAAAGCUGAGCUCCGAGCUAUCCGCCUCUCUCGGGAGGAAUGCGGCUGCGACUGCCGUUUGUACUGUGACCCUCGCCAUUGUGGCUGCAGCCAGGCUGGUAUUAAGUGCCAGGUGGAUCGAAUGUCUUUCCCGUGUGGCUGCUCUAGGGAUGGCUGCGGCAACGUAGCAGGUCGUAUUGAAUUCAACCCUCUACGUGUCAGAACUCACUACCUGCACACCAUCAUGAAGCUGGACGUGGAGAAGAGGAGGAUGCUCAUACAAGGAAUGGGAGACCAGUAUGCUGAAUCAGACCCGCUGUCUUCCCCCUCCUCCACGUGUCCCACUUCACCGGACCUUUCUUCAGUCGCUGGCCUGGACUCUGAGCUGGAGGAGAGCGAAGUGCAGUCGGUCGUGGAGGUUCAGGAUCUUCUGGCGGAGCAGGAUAUACUGGAGAGGGAGAACGAGACAGCUGUGCUGCACCUGCAGAGCGCAGAGGAGCAGGAGAGGAGGGAGAGGGAGGAGGCUGAAGGGGAAGCAGUGCAGCCAGAGCUGAGUGCUGAUGGGCUCACAGAGCAGCCUCUUUGCCUCCUACCCAGUGCCUUGGGAGGGGAGCUGCCUGAGCAGGCAGAAGUUCCAGGUGUUGAGCAGGUCCUCCUGCAGGGGCCUUUCCCUACAGGGGCUACGGUCUUGUGCAUCACUGACAACCAGGAGGAGAGCCCCUCUGACCUCCUCAAAGACUCCUCUUCCCUGCUCUACUAUCAACUCAGUCCCAUAGAGCCUGGAGCCUUUGAGACGCUGCCCAGAACAGAGGAAGCUGAACAGGAGGAGCCUUUGGUGAGGGAACAAGAUGCAAGAGAAGAUGAGUUUGCGGAAAGGAAACAAGAAGGAGGAGAGGAGCUGAAGGAAGAUAAGCAUGAAGACAAGCCUUUGACCGAUGUUAUUCUGUGCUCAGAGGAAUGCCUGGCAGCAGUGGAGGAGAGGCCUGCGAGUCCUCAGCAGAAGAUCCCGGAAGAACAGUGCCAAGAGCAGUCGUGCAUGAAGAAAGAAGUAGAUCCACUGCCUCCUGAAGUUUAGUACUAGCGUCUCUGCAGAUAAUUUGCACAAUAGCUUCAUCUAAGAUGAGUAAAUUACACAUUUUACAUGUAUUACUGCUAUUAUCAUAAAUAACUACAGGUCUCCUAUAGUGAGUGUCAAUAAAAUAUGUGAAGAAUGAGCUUGAGUGUUACACAAAGGAGGAGAGAUGCUGAAAGCACAUACAGAUCACUCCCCAGAAGUAAUAUGGAUGCAGUUCAAAGACAACAUUGUAGGUAAUUCUGUUGGGGGUGAUGAAUGCGGCCUUAAUGGAAAAAAACACGGAAACACUUGUGCGUAGGAGUCGAUUAGGAGUACAGCGAGUAGUGUUUUGUUCAUUUCCAGCGCAGCAAACAGAAAAUACAGUGUGUGAAUGCUGACAUAAGCCUUUUGUUUUGUGAUGUAUAAAGGUGUCAACACUAAACACAAAUUGUUUUUUCAGCGCGCAGGAAGCUGGUGUAUUUUGAUACUUUACCGGCUCACUUUCCAUUACAGCAAUCUCACACUGUAAUCAAGCCAAAUGAAGGCCUCCGAUCCAACCUUCCCCUGAAAAUAGACCUAAUAAUCCUGGAAAUACUUGUUUUUGUGUACUGUAUAUGCAUUUGCAAUGUGCAGGACAGAGAUGAAGUUUCUUUGAUCUGUAUGCACAUUGCGAAAUGAGGGCAGCAAACGUCGUGGCUCUGUCGCAUUGAGAGGAGGAGGAAAAAUAAUUUUAAAAAAGAGCAGAAAUUAGCACUGGCUGUAGUUGUUACUCACUUCGGACUGCUCGUACAAAUGCAGUCGAUUUGUCAAACAAAAAAAAAAAGUUUACUUGUAGUUGCAAUGCCUAUGACAUUAUUUCUUCGAGUAAUGUGUCAUUUGUGGAUACUAUACUAUUGGUUUUGAAGUUGAAGUCGUUGCAGUUCGUUUUCUUUGGGAAUGAAAGGAAAUGUAAUUUCUUUUCAUACUGCUACAUUAUAAUGUCAUGUUAUGAUGAGUUGCCAGAAUAGCGCUUCCUAGUCUUUUUUUAAUUGAUGUUCUAUAAGAAAGCGAGGAUUUUGAAUCAAGUCAAAUUUCCCAAGAAGAAAACAGCAGUAAGAGUCAAAGUCAAACUGAGGCCUGUGCUGUUGGAAGUAGUUAUUAUAUGAAACAAUGUGAUGCUAGUAAUUUAUGGAUCAGAUUGACAUCGACCUGAAUCUGCGUGUUUUAUGUUCCGUCUGUAUGUGUGCGAGUGUGUGUACAUCUACUUUACAUUUGUACGUCUGAGUGAGGGAGGAGGGUAUGUACUGUAUUAGAGAUUGGGAGGUGCUGGCAAGGACACGCAUUUCAUUCAUGACAGGUGCUGAUGUUACAGAUUUACAGUUUACAGGAUCUCCUCCCCAUUACCACGAGAAACAAUGUUUCUCCACUUGAUUGAUGUAAGAAGUACCAGAGAGCCUCUCGUAGGAAUGCAAUAGCUACUGCACUGCAAAAAUCAUUAAUGUGGUGAUUAUGGAAUGAGGUGUCUCAUGAUUAUGUAAAUGCAAUCGUACCGCAUUUCUGCUCUUUCAGUGUCUUUUUUUCUAAUCUCGGUCUGAUUAGUACUGAUCUGCGUAAGCGUGCCGACUCUUCUUACACAAAAUCAGUCCUUUGUUUUGUUGCCUAUAAUUACAGCUGUUGCUUUGUGUAACUGCUUGCCAAACACAGGAUGUGCUGCCGUGUAUCAGAUGUCUGAUGUGUUUCUUUGCCUUUUUUGUUUUGAAAUUGUCUUAAUCUAAAUCUGCUUACAAGUUGCACCAAAGCAGUGGUUUCAAACCUAAUUAAAUGAUGCUUUCAUCCAUCAGAUUCUAACAAAGCAGUCUCCUCUAGUUAUUGUGAGGCUGCAGAUUUAUUGUGGCUCUUUGUGUUUGCGUGACUUGCCUUGAUAUAGUACCAUCUUUGAAGUGAUGAUGAUUACAAGCUGCCUAUUGUUGAGCUUUUGUCCUCGGCUUUCUACUAAUAAACUUAGGUUUGGGACCACUGCACUGAAUUAACUCCAGUACACUAUGUGAUUGUGUGUUUUCUCUGCGUGAAUGGGGUGUGUGAUUGUUGAGAAGACUGAUAAGUUUAGACUUCAUCUAACAGCUGUGAGAACUACUCUCAUGCUAACUGUUGCCUAAAGUGGACACAAAAGAUUUUAUACAAAAGUAAAAACAAUAAAUUACUCAUUGCAAAAAGGA